CCCUCUCUCUCAGUCUCUGCUCUCAACGGAGUCGAAGCUUCUUUAAACCCAGAUUCUCUCUCUCUCUCUCUCUCUCUCUCUCUCUCGAAAGGGGGGAAGGAAAAGAUAAGAUACCUCUCUAGCAAAAGCUUCUGUAUCUUCUACGGAAUUCUCUGUUUCUCAAUCUUCUCGGUAAUAGCGGCUCCACUGGAGCAUCGAAUCCGUCCUCUCGAAGCUCCGAAAAAUCACUGGAAAUCAGCGACUGGCAGCCGAGGGAGAAAAUCCAUCAGUUAACAGAGAACGAGCUCAGAUAUUUUCAUCUCGUGAUUUCGCUUUAAAAAUCCCUAAUUUUCUCGUAUUUUUUGCCGUUUUUAUAAAAGAUCAAGAGCUUUUACAAACUAUUCUGUAAAAGGAAAUUCCUUUUACAGAUUGAUUGCGGGAAAAACCUCUGUUUUUUAGAAACUGCUCCUUUCUUGUGUCUUUUCAUAGAUCGGAGCUGCUGAAAUACAUUCCAUUAAAGGGAACUUCUUUUAAAGCUCUGUUUCUGCAGAAAUCCUCGAUUUUUCGCGUAUUUAUUUCUGGAAAUAUAUUCUUAUAGAAGGAAAAUUCAUUUAUUAGAUUUCUCGGAGAAAAUCUCUGUUUUUUUUGUUCUGCUCGUGGUUUUGAUGCAUGAUUUAAGAAAUCAUUUUCUGGCCGUCUGAUCUCAUGAAUCCGACGGUUGGUAGAUGCCGGAGCUGUCUCCUCGAGAUCUCCGAAGGCAUGCCCGUGAAGUUCUCCGAGCACGUGUUGAAGACGAGAAAGUCAGUUUCCGGCAGGAAAAUCGCCGGAAAAAGAAGUUCUGCCGGCGAAGGAGGGAGCAUUCGGCAAAAGGUUGUACGGAUCUUCUUCACUGACAUGGACGCCACCGAUUCGUCGAGCGACGAGGGAGAGGGAGAGGUCGUGCGGCGCGUGAAGAAGCACGUGCAGCAGAUUGAUAUCCAGGACGCCGCCUCAGCUAACGUGCGCCGGGAUGCGCAGAGGCGGCGUCGGCUGCGUACGGUGCCGACGGGAUCUGACGAGCACCGCCGGACGAGAUUCCGAGGAGUACGGCGCCGGCCGUGGGGGAGGUGGGCGGCCGAGAUACGCGACCCGAAUCGGAGGAAGCGAGUCUGGCUCGGAACGUUCGACACGGCAGAGGAAGCGGCGACCGUCUACGACAACGCCGCCGUUAUGCUGAAGGGCCCUGACGCCGUUACGAACUUCCCUCCCUCCGUUAAGACGGAGACGGUUUCCGUAGCAACGGACUUCCCCAAGGUCUCUUCCCCGACCUCGGUCCUCCCGUACGGCGAUCUGCCGCCGUUAGACUGCUUCGGCUACAGUGACGUCGACGCUUUCGGAUUUGACGUCGAAUCGCCGUUAACGGUCACGGACGUUAAGUGGCCUAAGUGGUACUUUCGGGAAAAGGACGAAGAGUUCAGCAUGUUUGACGCGGCCGACUUCUCCUCCCUCGAAAUCGUCCAAUUCUAAAACCAACUUCAUUAAAAUGACGAAAACACCCUUAUUCUCGCCCUUCCGAAAGAACCAAAGUGCAUAUAUCUCAGGGGUAGAUUGGUCAUUAUCCAAAUAUAUUUUCUUAAAAAAAUAUUAUUUUAUUUAUUAUACUAGGUGGGGUUAUGGCAAUUUUGUAAGCUUGUAUGAGAUUUUUGUUUGUUUUUUUUUUUUUUCAGUGGGAGUUGAAGAGGAGAGAGAGAGAGAGAGUUGCUUGAAUUUCUACGUUUGCCCGUGGAAAAGUAAAAGCUAUUUGUAAUGUAUUUUUCUCAUCAUUGCACCGAAAAAAAUUUUUAUAAUAAUCCGUUUCUGAUUUUCGGUGCCGAGUAACGUUGAAAAUUCUUCUA